CUGGCUUUCAGAGGGUGUGAUUGUACCCGUGUGUGUGUGUGUGUGUGUGCACAGGCAUUGUUCUCGAGUACAAGCUCAGUGCGGCCGCAGCCAAGGUCAUAGGAGCCUGGUCACAUGCACAGUGUGUGAGCGGAGCAGCGAGGCAGCGAGGUAACGAGGCAGCGAAGGUAGCGAGCGAUCCAGUGAGUGUGAAGAGUAGCGUCUCUCUCGAUGUGAAAAGCAAGGGGGUGGGGAUCUCAUCAAUUCAUUCAUCCAUGUACGCAGGUCUGUGUGGAUGCUGUGGGGCUUUGAGACCUCGCUAUAAGAGGCUGGUGGACAACAUCUUCCCAGAGGACCCAGAGGAUGGUCUCGUGAAGACUAACAUGGAGAAGCUAACGUUCUAUGCUCUGUCAGCUCCAGAGAAGCUGGACCGUAUCGGAGCCUACCUAUCUGAAAGACUGUCCAGAGACGUGGCCCGACACAGAUACGGGUAUGUGUGUAUCGCCAUGGAGGCAUUGGACCAGCUGUUGAUGGCGUGUCACUGUCAGAGCAUCAACCUGUUUGUGGAGAGUUUCCUCACUAUGGUCCGCAAGCUGCUGGAGGCCGACAAACCCAACCUACAGAUACUGGGAACCAACUCAUUUGUGAAGUUUGCCAACAUCGAGGAGGACACUCCGUCGUACCACCGCAGUUACGACUUCUUUGUGUCACGUUUCAGCGAGAUGUGUCACUCCAGCUACGAAGAUCCUGAUGUACGCACCAAGAUCCGUAUGGCAGGUAUCCGUGGUCUCCAGGGUGUGGUGAGGAAGACAGUGAAUGAUGAGCUGCAGGCUAACAUAUGGGAGCCUCAACACAUGGAUAAGAUAGUCCCCUCUCUACUGUUCAACCUGCAGGACCCCACAGACAGUGGUUCCCCUGGCUGUGAGAAGGAGAAGGAGAGUCCAGCAGAGCUGACUGAGAGAUGCUUCAGAGAGCUGCUGGGUAGAGCUGCCUACGGGAACAUCAAGAACGCUGUGAAACCUGUACUAAUGCACCUGGAUAACCAUUCUCUGUGGGAGGGGAAGAGCUUUGCUGUCCGCUGCUUCAAGAUCAUCAUGUACUCUAUACAGUCACAGCACUCUCACCUGGUCAUCCAGCAGCUUCUAGGUCAUCUAGAUGCCAACAGUAAGAGUUAUGCCGCAGUGCGUGCUGGGAUAGUGGAGGUCCUGUCUGAGGCUGCUGUCAUUGAAGCCAGUGGCUCUGUGGGUCCAACAGUGCUGGAGGUAUUUAACACCCUGUUGAAACAGUUGAGGUUGAGUGUGGACUAUGAACUGACUGGGUGCUGUGACCCGUAUUCCAACAACAAGACCACUACUGACCAGGAGAGACAACUACAGGAGGCUGUCAUCAAGACCAUUGGAUCCUUUGCCAACACAUUGCCUAUUUACCAGAGGGCAGAGGUCAUGCUGUUCAUCAUGGGGAAGAUCCCUGUUCCUGGGAUGUACCCUGCCCUGGGCUCACCUAUCGCUGGGUUUGAAGGCAGUAGGAUGAUCCAAGUCAUGCUGUUGAAGUCUCUACUGCAGGUGACAGAGCGUUAUGAGAGUAGUAACAUGCUGACAGCUCUCCCCUCGUCCUUCUUGGAGCCUCUCCUCUCUUUCACUCUGAUGGAGGAUCCUGAGAUUCGCCUGCUGGUGCUCUCCAUACUCAUCAGCCUCAUAGACAGACACCAAAACACACACAAGUUCACCUCCCUCAGCAUCCUCUCAGACAUCUCAGUCCUCAAGCUGAAGGUGGACAAGUGUUCCAGACAGGACAACCUUUUCAUGAAGAAGCAUGGCCAGCGUCUCUACAGACACAUCUUCCUGGCGUGUUCAGAAGAGAACAGUGGGCGGAGCCACUACCAGGCUCUCUACAUCCUAUUGGCUCUCCUCAGCGUGGAACUGGCCAAUGAGGAAGUGGUGGUGGAUCUGAUACGCCUGGCCCUCGCACUGCAGGACCUGGCCCUGGCCAAUGAUGAGAGACUUUCUCUGUAUAAUCGAUGUGCUGUCCACGCCCUCUCUGCUGCCUACCUCAGCCUUAUCUCUCAACUCACCACCGUCCCUGCAUUCUGCCAGCACAUCCAAGAAGUGAUAGAGCUGAGACAGAAGGAGGUACCCCAUCUGCUGCCUGAAGACAUCUUUAUUGAAACCCCCAGAGUUCCAGAGUCUCUAGAGAGAGUGGAGGGAGAGGUGUUCUUCCAGCAGUUUAAGAUCGCUGAGGUGCUGGGAAGGAGUGGCUACAACAUAGACAUCCUGAACACACCGUUCACACCCCAGAUCACAGACGAGGACCGCCUGUCAAAGAGGAAAAGUAUAGGAGACACCAUCUCUCUACAGAUGGACAUGGACCCACGCUACAGCCCUGAGAGAGAACAGAAGUCUCCAGCAGAGCAGAUCACCUUUGAGACUCUGAAGAAUGCCAUCGUGGAUAGUGUGAAUGGUGAAGAGCAGGAGAGGGAGAAGAGGAGGCUGGUGGUAGAGAGGUUUCAGACCGCCCCCUUCGAGGAGAUUGCCGCCCACUGUGGGGCCAGGUCCUCCCUGCUACAGAGUAAGCUGGACCAGAUCUUUGAGCUGACCAUCAGGCCACCUCCCAGUCCCUCUGGCUCCGCCUCCCAAGGCCAGACCCCCACCCGCUCUGUUCCCGUCUACGAGAUGAAGUUCCCUGACCUCUGUGUUUACUAGAGACACACACACACACACACACACACACACACACACACACAAACACACACACACACACAAACAC